CGCAUGCGUCUUGCCAAUCAGUGCUUGCACGCUUGCCAAAGUCGAAACGUGAAAAAUUUUGUGUCGAAGAAAUCUUCUUUGUUUAUGGUUUUCACGGGUGGUUACACUUGACAUUUGUAAGUAUUUAGUAUUCUGUCUCCAGUUCGCCUUUUAGGUUCAAAUUUAGAAUGGAAAAUUUACAUAACGGUGAUGAAAAUCGGGGAGAUUAUCAUACCUCCGAACGUCAAGAAGCGGGAGAAUCGUCUACUUCAACCGCCGUUCCUCCUCAGUCGAGAGAUAUUGGCGAGGCUUUAGAGACUAUUGGAGAAAACAUGGGCCAAAUGGCUACCAUGCUACAACAAAUCUAUGAAGAACGACGUUCUUCGAAGAGCCCAACGGGUCGAAAACGAGCUCGCUCACAGUCGCCACCGGCGAAUAGUUCGACAAAAUCAAAGUCAGCACUCGGCUCAACAGGCUCGACCACGCGUCAGACCCAUGAAGGGAGUUCCCGCCAAAUUGACGAUGAUCGAGUUAGCAUUUAUGCGAGCGGUAGCGAACAGGAUGAUCUUGAGGAGGACCUCUUAUUGCUCACCGGGCAAAACAAAUCGGUCAACGACCAACCAGACUCUGACCUUCUUCGCGACUUAGCUAACGCGCUUGAGGAAGAUGAACCCACCGGGGAAAGUGUCAAUCAACCAUUGGCUGAUAUUGCCAACAAGCGUUGGGGCAAACAGUUAGGUUCUGAUAAGGUUAAGGCACUACUUACAAAAUACAAACGUCCAGAGAAUUGUAGGGAUAUUACUGAGGUCAGAGUGAACCCAGAGAUUUGGGGUCAACUCUCCUCCCAAAAGAAGAAAACUGACUUACAAUUAAGCAAUUUUCAACAAAUAGCAAGGAAACUCCUGUUUGCUAACCUUCAAAUGACCAAUACCUUAUUGGCAGGGCAACAAAUUGAUUCUAAAUCAGUGCUAGCUCAAUCUGUUGAUUCUAUUGCCCUUCUGGGACAUAUGAAUCACAAUUUGUCCCAAUUAAGGAGAGAUCAAAUACGUCCAGCGCUUAAACCGGAAUAUGUGUCUAUAUGUUCCUCCUCUGCAGAUCAUGAGGACAGUAAGUUGUUGUUUGGUGAUGAUCUGCCAAAGCGGCUGCGGGAUGCUAAGGAAUCCUGCAGAAUAGGAAACACCAUGACACACAAUAUCACACGACAAAGUGGUAGGAAACAAAUUUCCAGGGAAAGUAAUGCUAGCGGCCAACGAGCAUCUGGUCACCCUUAUCGAAGACCAGGGAAAGAUUUUUUCUGGAAAGGCCAGACUCGGCCUGCCAAGAGGAAAAAUGUGCCACCGGCAGGGAGGAAAUAAUGCAGAAAUUGCAGGAUAUUAAAAAUUCGUGUUAUUUCAUCAAUGUUAAGCAAAAUAAGAAUGGACAAGGCGCGAGGAGUUUGUGUGAUUCCAGACUGGCCCACUCAGGGUUGGUAUCCUAUGGCUAUGCAAAUGCGAGAGCGAGAACCUGUACGUCUAAAGGCAACGGACAGAUUGUUGACCUUACCCAGCCACCCCACGGAACAACAUCCACUACAUCAAAAGCUAAACCUACUGGUAGUUCUAUUAUCAGGGAAAGGAUAAAACGACAUGGACUUACUUCCAGUACGACGGAUAUAGUAAUGGCCUCUUGGCGCACAGGAACGGCCAAACAAUACUCUAUCUAUUUAACCAAGUGGAAAACGUAUUGUGAUAAUGAAGGGGUGGAUAUGUUUUGUCCGGGUGUAAUGCAUGCUGUUGAGUUCUUGGGAUCGCUUUAUGCAUCGGGGUUAAGCUACAGUGCGAUUAAUACAGCUCGCUCUGCCUUAUCAACGAUAUUGCCAAUGGAAAAUGGAGUGACAUUUGGGGAUCACCCUCUCGUUAGCCGGACAAUGAAAGGAAUAUUUGAACUGAGGCCGGCGCUACCUAGAUACUCUGAGAUUUGGGACGUUAAUGUUGUCUUGAAUUAUCUAAAGAACCAAGGGAUUCCCGCGGCGUUAUCACUGAAACAGCUUACCUUGAAGUUAACAAUGUUGUUGUGUUUAUUGACUGGCCAGAGGUGCCAAACUGUGCAUAGCAUGGAUAUAAAAUACAUGCAAAAAAUGACUGACCGAUACCGGAUCACGAUACAGCAGAAGUUGAAACAAACCAAGAGUGGUAAGCAUAUCGAUCCUAUCGAACUGAUGGCCUUCGAUGAAGACCCCGGAUUAUGUGUCGUACAACAUUUGGACGAAUAUAUCGAAAGGACUGCAAAAUUGAGGGAUAAGCAUACGCAGUUAUUAAUUAGCUAUGUUAAACCACACCGUUCUAUCUCGAAGGAUACAGUGGCCAGGUGGGUCCGGGAAGUUCUUAAAUCGUCUGGUAUUAAUACGGAUGUAUAUGGUGCACAUAGCAGCCGAGCUGCCUCGACAUCGUUUUGUCAUCGAAAAGGAUUAGAUAUGGUGACAAUCAUGAAGUCUGCUGGUUGGUCGAAUAGUGGAACGUUUGCACGGUUUUAUGGUAAACCAUUAGAACAAUCUAAUUUUGGACAAACUGUCGUAGAAAAUUUAUCACUUUAAGUAGUUAACAUAAAUCUUUGAUGUUCAUGUUAUGUUAAAAUUAAAUAAAUACUCGGUUACGAGUAUAGUU